AUGGUAGCAAGUAUCAGGGACUUGUCAUAUGAAGAGAGACUGGAAAGAAUACAUCUAGCAAUGUUGAAAAAGAGGAGAGAAAGGGGAGACUUGAUUGCAAUAUAUAAAGCAUAUGAGGGAGUAGAGGAGAUGGACUGGAGCAACUUAAUGGUCUGGGAUACAUGGGACACUAGAGGACAUGGAAAGAAGCUGAAGAGGAGUGCUUGUAGAAGAGACAUCAAAAAGUAUAGUUUCCCAUAUAGAAGUAUAGAUGUACGGAACAGUCUGGAUGAGGAGAUAGUAAAUGCAGAAAGUAUACAUCAAUUCAGGGCUAAGUUGGAUAUUAAAAGAUAUGGAGAUGGGACAGCACAAGCAUAG